AAGAUAGUGGAAUUGUAAAAAAUCGGCUUCUACGUAAACUACUAAUAGCUGGUGUUUAUGAAUGAAAAUUAGCUAUUAGAUAUUUGUGUAAUAAAAUGAGUUGCAUAUGUUGAAACAUCCAAGGGCAGCCGGCUAUUAUAAAUUAUGAGCUAUUGAGCAGACCAAAGAAAAUUUAUUGUGACUUUCAAAAAAAAAAAGUUUUUAAGUGAUGUGAAAAUUUUCAAAAGGUAGAGAGGGUGGACAUAUCGUGUAAAUUGAAUGUUACAAUAGUAUUGACUCUUUAUUUCUGGCAUGUACUUACACAUCAUUUAUAAACGCAACUCCUCUAAUACAACACCAUAAUGCUGGUCGCAACACCAGGGCAAACAACUACGUAUUCUCUUCUCGGCAGUAGUGCGCCCAAGAAGACAUGUCUUCUUAACUCAUCUGCAACACCAAAGAGCAGCAUCAACAACUCAACUGCAUCUACUAACAGCAACAAUAGCAGUAACACAGCCGCCACGCUAAUGAAAACAAUCCAAGUACGACUCAAUCGUGGCACUGAAUUUUUAAAAGAUACUGUGCAGAAAGCGCUUAUCAGUAAUACCACCAAUCCUAUUAACACAACCACCAAUACAUCAAGCAUUAGCUUUCGCAACAACAACAACAAAAUUAAUAUAAAUUCUUCUGUUGUUGGCACUAUAAAACCUAUUCAUGCAUCAUCAGCUCUCGCAUCAGUUCCAGCAAAAACUACUUUAGUUGGUAAGUCUACUUAUACUACAGAUUUGUCUGCAGCUCCCUCAACAUCAAGUGGUGCAAUUGCGAGGACGUCAAUUACAGCAAACACUUCCAAACCACUAAAGCUGAAUACCGUCCCGCCUACCAAAAUACAUCGCUACCCACAAGAGCGCCAAGAGACCAGCAGCACGGACAGUAUCAAUAAAGAGAUGUGCCAUUUCAAGCCAAUUUUGCCAGCACCAACUAUACGUUGGAAAUGUGGUAGCAAGUCGCGAGGCGGUGCAACUAUAAAAAUUCCCGUAGCAUGUUUAGCAACGAAUAUUAAAAACUUGAACUGUGAUGAUUGUUCGAAGUUGGUUGAAGAUAGCAGUGAAGGUGAACAAGAUGUAAAUGAAGAUGAAGCAAUGGGGCUGGAGGAUACAAAACAUCCGCACAAAUAUCAUCUUUUCAAGCCAAAUCCAAGUUCUACCUUAUUGAGUACGAUCAUAACUGCACCAUCGCAUCAAUCUGCAUUCGUUCGUCUGGUCGCACAAAUGAAGACUCUGGUCAAUAUACGUCAAACACCGUGUGAAAAACCACACAAAUCUGCUAAAAAGAAGGAUCAGUAUAAGUCACGGCACACGGCACGUCGUGGCCGUACAAAUGCGGCGCUAGCUUUGAAAAUGCAACAGUUACGUAAAUCGCCAAUCAGUUUGCCAUUGACGCAGCUUUUAUUACGCAGUCGCAAACCGUCAUUUGUGCAAGUAAAUAAACUAAAUUUACCCACUGAGCUGAUUAUGAAGAAAAGUCGAACAGCCACCGCAAAAGCUAAUCCCAUAGCUACCAGCAAGUCAACCAAUGCAGUUAAAGACAAAAAAAGAACGGCCGCUCUUUCCGUACAAGUUGAUACCAAGAAAGGCAAGCGUAAUACCUCCAAAUCAAAUAUAAUCAACAUUGUAGCGUUUGCGCAUGACAAAAACUCUACACAAAAUGUCAAAAGGACUCUUCAAACAAGCAAAAGUAAAGUCACUACUAAUGUUGGUGAAAGCCCUGCUCCAGAGACAAAAUACCAGCAACGUAAACGGAAACAUGUUGAUGAACUAUGUGCGGCAAAUGAAGUUGUUGGAUCGGAAUUACAUGAGUUGAGAAAGACUAGUUCGACCGAGGCAAGCAAUAUACCACCAUUGCGCAAAAGUGCUAGGCUUUCAAAAGAUGGCAACAACGAGCUUUUGACAAUAGGCACUGUUAAACGUAUUACGCUUAGGAAACGUAAUACACGUUAUACGCAGCAACGUUCAGUCGAUACCUUUUCGCCGCCAAUGACACGUUCACGUCGGAAAGAGCUGAUGCAAAAGCAAUGUAGCCCCUUUGUAAUGGACGACAACUCACAGCUCAUUGUCUAAGUCAUAUAAAACGGCAGCAUAUUUAAAAACUAACAAGAAUAUGGAAUAUUUUUUGUGGCUAUUAUGCACUGCAUAUGUUAGUAGUAGUAUACUGUGUUAAGGACUGGAAAUAUGAGUGCAACCUAAACAACGCAUUAAUGAAGCAAGAUCGCAAAGGUAUGCCAGUAAUUAAGAGCUAUUGCUUUUUCAUGCGCCUAAAUUGUAUUGUAUUGAAAUGAUUAAUUUCUUUUUCUCCUUUUUAAACGUGACAUAAAAUGUUUUUUACUAAAGCUUUGCACAGUUAGCUCACUGAUCCCUACUGGCUCAUUGUGAUAGUGGAUGAACACUAUAAUCUACUACCAUUUGUAGUAAGAAUUUAUGCACUACUAUUUUUAUUUUAUCUGUAAUAAAUCAUAAAUGAAUCACUUAAGUCUUAUUUUUGAUACAAAUCCAAUUGGAAGUGUGAGGCCUAAUAUGUAUGUAUGUAUGUUAUAUGGAGGGAUGUAGAAUGUAUAGUAAUUAUAGUUGUAAUUUUUACACAAAAUAUAAUUUUUUUUUUUUUCAUUUUCUCAACAAAUUAAACUAACGUAUUCGGUGAAAAUUCAAAAAAAAAUUUUGAUUCAUUGUGUGAUUUUUUCUACAUUGUUUCUCAAAUUCCUAUUUUUUUUUUGUUUCAAAUAGUUUGAUACCAGUGAAAAAAAAAAUCGUCUGCUUUCUAUUUUAGUAAUAGAAUGCGCUUUUCCUUUCAUGCCUUUGCUAAUGUUAUUUUUUAAAUUUCAGACGCAAUUUUUAUAAUCAUACAUAUACAUAUAGGGGUUUCGUAUAGUCUCAUAAAGUUAUAAGUUAUAACGAACCCAAAAUAUGGCUUUGAGAAUUGUAAUUGCCCAAACUCAUUUUUAUGUGUAAUCCAACAACAAUUUUUUUUUAAAACAAGUGUAAAAAUUUAUGAUUUUACGAUGCGUUAUUAUUUUAUUUAUUAUUGACAAGAAAAAGGUAUAAAACUUUCCACCAAAUUAGAAAUAAACUCAAAUUCACAUUAAUUUCUCUAAAAAAUUAAUAAUUUAAAUUUUUUUCAUGUGCAUUAUUCGUUGUGAAUCAACAAGGUAUGUACAUAUGUAUGUGAAACAGUUUAGAAUCUCAGAAUAUAUACAUACAUAUAUUUUUUAAGUGAACAAAGAAAUGGGACAAUUUUGUCACAAUUGACUUAACUCAAUAGAACAUCAACUGCAGCAUUAUAUAAAUAUAAAGAGAAACUUAACAAUAAAAUAUUUAAGUAAUUCCAUAAUAAUUUGGUAAAAAUACUCAAAUUUGUUUCAGUUUAUUCAUAUACUUUCUUUAUUUAUAUAAAGAUCGAAAUAUAUGUGUCCCAUAUUACAAAACUGACACCAAUUGUAAUACUUGAAAAUAUAAAAGCUUUUGUGUUCGCGUCUGCGGUUCCUUAUGCGUCCUAUUCACUCAGCCUAUGUUAAGAUCAUAUUUGUAAAUGUACGUUCUUCAUUAUUGUAUUGAUUUAUGUUUGUAUGACUUAGUUAUUAUGUAAUCGUAUGCUGUUUGAUGGGGAGUGCACUCAACAAAUAAGUAUUAUAAACAAUAACCAAUUAAAACAUUUAGUAAUAUUAAGAUUGCAAGAAAGAAUAAUAAACUGCCAAUGCGCAGAUCAACACUCCAGAUGUAAUAUUGUGUAAUGCAUCUAAAAAAUAACAAAAACAACAAAA